AUAUCUUCUCCCGCCCUCUUAUAAAUUACAUUUCCCUUCCUUUUUGGAUUUUUCAUCUGUUUGUUUCCACACAUUCAUUCAGUCAUUCUACACACUCAUCAGGUCGGACAAAGAUGGAUUAUUUUAAUGCACCUGGAAGGAACCAUCUGUUUGUGCCGGGGCCGGUCAACAUCCCGGAUCAGGUACUUCGUGCAAUGAACCGAAACAAUGAGGACUAUCGUUCCCCUGCCAUUCCUGCGUUGACAAAAACUUUACUCGAGGAUGUAAAGAAGAUUUUCAAGACCACUUCUGGGACUCCCUUUCUCAUCCCAACUACAGGUACUGGUGCAUGGGAAAGCGCACUGACAAAUACUUUGUCCCCUGGAGACCGAACUGUAUCUUUCGUCAUUGGUCAGUUCAGUUUGCUUUGGGUCGAUCAGCAGCAACGCCUUGGGUUCAAUGUCGACGUGGUGGAAAGUGAGUGGGGUCGUGGUGCUGACUUGGAAAUUCUAGCAUCAAAAUUGGCUGCAGAUACCGCUCACACUAUUAAGGCUGUCUGCAUCGUCCACAAUGAAACAGCCACCGGAGUUACCAACAACUUGGCUUCCGUAAGGAAAAUACUUGAUCACUACCAGCACCCAGCUCUGUUCCUAGUUGAUGGGGUGUCAUCCAUAUGUGCUCUAGACUUCCGCAUGGACGAAUGGGGUAUUGAUGUGGCUCUAACUGGCUCCCAGAAAGCACUCUCUCUUCCCACUGGUAUGGGGAUUGUGUGUGCUAGCCCCAAAGCUAUUGAGGCUUCUCAGACUGCAAAGUCGGUUAGAGUUUUCUUUGACUGGAAGGACUACUUGAAAUUCUACAAGAUGGGAACAUACUGGCCAUACACUCCAUCCAUACAGCUUUUGUAUGGUUUGAAAGCAGCUCUUGAACUCAUCUUUGAAGAAGGGUUGGAUAACGUGAUUGCAAGGCACACCCGUCUUGGCACAGCAACUAGGCUUGCUGUGGAAGCAUGGGGUUUGAAGAAUUGCACCCAAAAGGAGGAAUGGUUCAGUGACACGGUCACUGCCGUGGUUGUUCCUCCAUAUAUUGAUAGUUCUGAAAUUGUCAGAAGGGGAUGGAAGAGAUACAAUUUAAGUUUGGGUCUCGGGCUAAACAAAGUUGCCGGAAAAGUCUUCAGAAUAGGACAUCUUGGCCACCUAAAUGAUUUGCAACUGCUAGGGUGUCUUGCAGGGGUGGAGAUGGUGCUCAAGGAUGUGGGUUACCCUGUGAAGCUCGGAAGUGGAGUGGCGGCUGCUUGUGCAUACCUACAGAACAACAUGCCCAUGAUUCCAUCAAGGAUUUAAAAUCUCAUGCUUAUGUAUGUAACUGCUACUGUUCUCUCAUUUGCUUCGAAUACCUGUGUAAAGAACACUUUAAUAUCUUUGCCACUAAUAUCUUAUGAAUUUUUUAUUUCUCA